UUUACAAAUUACAAUGUUUGGAGGUUAUGUUUGCUUAAUAAUAUAAAAAAUCUUUUCAUCUUCUAAUUAAAUUGUUUAAACGCACAUAAUAUAUAUAUACUAUACCAUGGGAGCGGAAGAUUUACAAGACUUUAAGCUAAAACCAAUGAAAUGCGAACUUAAUUUUCUUAGUAAAUCAGAUGGAUCGGCUAUCCUCUCGCAAGGUGAUACAGUAGUGCUAGCGAGUGUGAAUGGCCCACUGGAUAUCAAGACUACCAGUCAGAGCAUAGAGAAGGCCACCCUUGAGGUUUUGUUCUGCAGUAAAGAGGGAAAACCUUCUGUCGCUGAUAGAUAUAAAGAGAAUGUGAUCCGACAGACUUGUGAGACAGCUAUACUGGGCUGCCUGUACCCUCGCACUGGUAUCAAUUUGACUAUACAAGAGCUAGAGAACUAUGGAGGGUUACUAACGUGUGCAGUCAAUAGCGCUUGCCUAGCCCUCAUUAACUCCGGCGUGGCCAUGCGUCACGUGGUGGCUGCUUUAUGCUCCGUCGUGGACGAAGUGGGCAACCUUGUACUGGAGCCCACGCAUCAGCAAGCGCAGAACGCCAGGGCGAAACUGUACUUCGUGUUCGACAGCCGUGACAAAAACCUUGUUACUGGUUUCACUGAAGGCAGUUUCAGCGAGGACACGUACGAGGAAGCAUUGGCUCAGUGUCGUCUUGCUAGUGAUGUAGUAUUCGACUUCUACAGAGAUAUUGUCAAGAAGUACUCCAGGGUUAUUUGACAGUGACAUGUCGCUUGUUGAAGCGGGACUUUUGUAUUUUUAACCAACUUCCUAUCCGCUGGUGAAGUUAGUAUAGGGCUUUCUCUGUUACGUAAUCCCAUAGAAAUUAUGAAGACAAAUAACUUAGUCGGCGGCCGUUAGCCAUUUUGAGUGACCUACCAAUCACACACAUAGAAAGAAAGAAAGAAAAAAAAAAAUUUUAUAUUUGAAAGCUGUGUCACACAAUACCAGUUAUGCCUAUGGGUUAGGUUAUACACGGUGAAAAUUUAGUGGUUUUAGAGCCAGGGCUAUAUGAACUAC